CGGCCCAAGAACUGACUCAUGUCUCACAAGCUAGCGUAUAAACGUUUCUUUCUUGUUGUCUAAGCAUCUCCCUGGCAACUUCGAAAGUAAUACUACAAGUCCCAUAAUGCUUUGCGGCGUGUUUCCGGAAGUAGUAGACCUCCAUUGGGUCAACCGAAGCGCGUCGCGGUAACUUCCAGUUUCCCGUAAGAAGACACAGCCAUGUCGCCUGGGCCUGUUCAAAUUGUUCAGCCGGAGUCCAACAACAAGAACGAUGCACCACCAGAAGAAACCCCGGCUACCAAACCCAUCGUCGGUAUCAUAUAUCCGCCUCCUGAGGUCCGAAACAUAGUCGACAAGACAGCCAGCUUUGUCGCCAGGAAUGGGCCUGAGUUUGAAGCAAGAAUCCGUCAGAAUGAGAUCAACAAUCCAAAGUUUAAUUUCCUCAACCCUAAUGACCCCUACCAUGCCUACUACCGUCACAAAGUCAAUGAGUUUAAGGAGGGCAAAGCACAGGAGCCGUCUGCAGCGGUGCCUAAGGUCAUGCAGCAGGCCAUGCAGCAGGCCCAGCUUCCUCAAAAAGUGCAGGUGAUUCAAGAGACAGUUGUCCCCAAAGAACCUCCUCCUGAGUUUGAGUUCAUUGCGGAUCCUCCAUCAAUCUCAGCAUUUGAUCUGGACGUCGUCAAGCUCACUGCCCAGUUUGUUGCUCGCAAUGGCCGCCAGUUUCUCACUCAGCUCAUGCAGAAAGAACAGAGAAACUACCAGUUUGACUUUUUGCGGCCACAGCACAGCCUUUUCAACUACUUCACCAAACUGGUUGAGCAGUACACUAAGAUUCUGAUCCCUCCCAAAGGCCUACUGACCAAGCUGAAGAAAGAGGCUGAGAAUCCAAGAGAGGUUAUGGACCAGGUGAGGUACCGCGUUGAGUGGGCAAAGUUCCAGGAGCGUGAAAGAAAGAAGGAGGAGGAGGAAAGAGAGAAAGAACGUGUGGCAUAUGCCCAAAUCGACUGGCAUGACUUCGUAGUGGUUGAGACGGUGGAUUUCCAGCCCAACGAACAAGGCCACUUCCCCCCACCUACCACACCAGAGGAGCUCGGCGCUCGCAUCCUGAUCCAGGAGCGCUACGAGAAGUACGGAGAGAGCGAGGAGGUGGAGAUGGAGGUUGAGAGUGAGGAUGACGAUGACGAUCGGGAGGCUCGGAACAGCGGCCAGCCCUCACAACCUGAUCAAGAUACACAAGUGCAGGACAUGGAUGAGGGAUCUGAUGAUGAUGAUGACGGCAUGAAGGCUCCACUGCCACCAGACAACCCUAUGCCACCCCCACUGCCCCCAACUCCAGACCAGGUUAUUAUCCGCAAAGACUACGACCCCAAAGCUUCCAAGCCUCAGCCCUCAGUUACAACUCCAGAUGAGUACCUCAUCUCGCCAAUUACUGGUGAGAAGAUCCCGGCCAGUAAGAUGCAAGAGCACAUGCGUAUCGGUCUGCUGGAUCCACGCUGGCUGGAGCAAAGGGACCGCAGCAUCAGAGAGAGGCAGACCGAAGAUGAGGUCUAUGCUCCUGGUUUGGAUAUCGAGAGCAGCUUGAAACAACUGGCUGAGAGGCGUACCGAUAUCUUCGGUGUGGAAGAGACAGCCAUCGGUAAGAAGAUUGGUGAAGAGGAAAUCCAGAAGCCAGAGGAGAAGGUUACUUGGGAUGGCCACUCAGGAAGCAUGGCGCGUACCCAGCAGGCUGCACAGGCCAACAUCACUCUGCAAGAGCAGAUCGAGGCCAUUCACAAGGCCAAAGGACUGGUGGGAGAGGAUGAUACUAAGGAGAAAAUUGGUCCAAGCAAGCCCAGUGAAAUUCAUCACCAGCCUCCGAUGCCCUCCGGUGCAUCCAUGUUGCCUAAACCCAAUCCUCCAAUGACAUCUAUGCCCCGCCCACCCUCUUUGGCCCCUCCAGUGCGCACCACUCUCCUGUCUGCUGUACCUGUACUCCCAAGACCACCUGUGGCUCCUGUGGUGCGCCUUGCAUCAGGACAAGUUCUAGCACAAAUGCCUCCCAUGAUUCCCACCUCCCGCAUCAAUGUGGUCCCCAUGCCACCAUCAGCACCUCACAUUAUGGCCCCCAGACCACCUCCCAUGGUUGUUCCAGCUGCAUUUGUCCCUGCUCCUCCAGCACCACAACCCCCAAGCUCUGCCCCUGCUCCACCAUCCCACCCACCCCCACCUCAUGAGGAUGAGCCAGUCAACAAGAAGAUGAAGACUGAGGACAACCUUAUUCCAGAGGAGGAGUUCCUCCGUAGAAAUAAGGGUCCUGUGGCGGUUAAAGUGCAGGUCCCCAACAUGCAGGACAAGACCGAAUGGAAACUGAAUGGCCAAGUGCUGAAUUUCACCGUCCCACUCACAGAUCAGGUGUCUGUCAUUAAAGUCAAAAUCCACGAAGCUACGGGCAUGCCAGCAGGAAAACAGAAGUUACAGUAUGAGGGCAUUUUCAUUAAGGAUUCAAACUCCCUGGCUUACUACAACAUGAGCAACGGUUCAGUCAUUCACUUGGCACUGAAGGAGAGAGGUGGAAGAAAGAAGUGAGCCAUGCAGCAAGAAGGAAAAGAUUAUUCUUGUGUAUGUUAUGUCCUAACCCUGUCACGUUAUUUUAGUUGAAAGAUAAUUGUAUUGUGCUUUUCUUACAAAUUUUGUGAAAAGUAUGAACUUUCUUUAAUGUGACUGAGAAUGCUAAAUGAAUGAUACUGUACUCUGUACGACAGCCAUGGCUUCACACUAUUGUUUCCGCUCUGGAUUUGUUCAUGAUGAUACACCGUAUUAGUAACUUGUAAGAACAUGUAGAGCCCCGUAAUAUUCACCCAUUUAAAUAAAGGAAUAAAAAAUCCAAA